AUGUCGGUCUGCAUCUUCGACAUGUCGGUGGUCAGGGACUGGAGCAUCUGCAUCACAUCGGCCAUGGUUGGUUGCUCGCCAUCGGCCAUGGUUGACGGUGCGGACGUUGCCGUGGGCGAAGAGGAAGGAGAUGGAGGCGGCAGCUGGAAUGGUGGAAUAACUCAGCUAUGCAACUUAAGGCGACAUGGCCUAGACGGCACACCAAUAAAUGAGGUUCCAGAAGGUUUUGGCAGAUUAAUUUCACUCAAUGAUUUACAAGGUUUUCCGAUUGGUGGUGGCUCCUGCAACAAUUCUAGAAUGCAAGAUGGAUGGAACCUAGAAGAACUGGAUCCACUUUGGCAGUUGAGGAGGCUUUAUAUGAUCAAACUGGAAAAUGCUGUAAUCAGUAUUGAGAAAACCUUUGGUUUGCUAAUUCCUGCGCACAACCUGGAGCAUCUCGGUUUUGUGAACUUCUUUGGUCGGAGGUAUCCCACCUGGCUAGAUAAUGCUACUCAAUUGCCUUCACUGACAUACUUACACCUCAUAGACUGCAAAUCAUGUGUGCAUCUUCCACCAAUUGGUCAGCUCCCAAACUUGAAGUAUCUGAGAAUCGAAGGAGCCACUGCAGUCACCAAGAUUGGACCCGAAUUUGUUGGCUCUGUGGUGGGUAAUCUCAGAUCUACAGAGGCAAUUGCUUUCCCCAAUCUUGAAGCAUUAGUCGUCUGGAAUAUGCCCAAAUUGGAGGAGUGGUCUUUUGUUGCUGAAGAAGAACAAGAAGCAACAAUAGCAGGUACGGAAGGGGGACAGGAUGAGGCUGCUGCAAAUCAAAAGGGGGAUGCCCCACUUCCAAGGAUGCAAUUGCUGCCACGACUGAAGAGUUUGGACCUUGACCGCUGCCCCAAACUGAGAGCUCUCCCACAGCAGCUUGGACAGGAGGCCACCAGCUUGAAGGAGCUCCAUUUAAAAUAUGUGCAUAGCCUUAAGGUGGUGGAGAACCUCUGUUUCCUCUCGGAGGAACUAUUAAUCGCAGUUUGUGAAGGCCUGGAGAGGGUCUCAAAUCUUCCCCAAGUGAGAGAGCUGCGUGUACAGCGUUGUCCAAACUUGAGGUGUGUUGAGAGGCUGGACAACUUGCGCCAGCUGUUUCUGACAAAGGAUAUGUAA